AUGGCUAAAUCAGUUGAGUUCAGCAUCUUCCGCGGCUCCGAGAAUGGAGAAAUCAUCCCCACCACCAUCCGGCGCACCCUGCAGCCGAGAGAGGUCCUGGUAGAAAUCUCGCACGCAGGCCUCUGUGGCAAGGACCGCGCUUUCAGACACCAACCCAUCGCCCUGGGACACGAGGGCGCCGGAUUUGUCCGCGACGUGGGCGCCGCCGUCCACCGCUUCAAGUCGGGCGACAAGGUGGGCUUUGGCUGGGUGCAGAAGAUCUGCGGCCACUGCGACUAUUGCGUUGGUGGCAAAGAUCAGUACUGCGAGUGUCGACAGGAAUACGGCAGCGACCAAGACAACGGCGGCGCCUUCGCCACCCACGCCGUCUGGGACGAACGCAUGCUCUUCCAUCUGCCUGCCUCGCUGGAGCCCGAGCACGCUGCUCCGCUCAUGGGCGGCGGCGCCACGGCCUGGACAGCCCUGACUGCGUCCGACAUGCGUCCCGGGGACCGCGUCGGUGUCCAGGGGAUCGGCGGGACGGGACACAUGGCGAUCCAGUUCGCCUCUGCGUUGGGGUACGAGGUCGUCGCCCUCUCCACCAACGCAGACAAGCGAGACGAAGCGAUCAGUCUCGGGGCCAAGGAGUUCCAUCUCCUCAAGGACGGGGCGCCCGUCGACCGUUGUGCCCAGGUGAAGCAUCUGUUGUGGUUUGGCACCGAGGCCCCUGAUCUCACCAGGGCACUCUCUCUUGUAGCCUGUGACGGUACGCUUCACCUCCUAGCCAGCUACGAUCCCCUUCCACUGCCCGUGGACGCGCUGGUGCAACGAGGGAUCAAGAUCCAGGGCUCCGCGGCAGCCUCGCGACAGGAAAUCCGGCAGAUGCUGCGAUUCGUGUCUCUGCAUGGUAUCCGACCGAUCAUCAUCUCCUGGCCGAUGACCAAGGACGGGAUCGAGGCUGGCUUCAAGGUGAUGGAGGAAGGCAAGAUGAGGUACCGGGGAGUGCUGGUGUCACAGCGGUACUUGAUGGGGAAACCUGUUGUUGAACGACUGGGCAGAGCAGAUUAG